CAGAGGUGGAUGUGAACGCGGCGGCGGUGUGGUCGCGGCCGGACGGACUAACCUGUGCCUGGCUCUACCCGGAACCAUUAUGCAGACAGGAAACUACCAUUUUAACGCUAGCAGCAUCGGAGGAGCCGUCGACUACAGAGGGGGGCACCUAAAACUGACACAGGGCGGAAAACAGGCGGCCGCGGAGAAAAGCAGGAAAAACACGACGGAAACAAAACAAAGGCGCCGAGUGGGUGAAGACGAGCAGUGAGCCGGCGGAGCUGCAGGACGGCGGAGGCAGACAAUGGACAUAUCGGGCCGGGCCAGCGGAAAUAGUUUUUGUUAGCGAGUGAAAAGCAGCCCUCCCGGGCCGAUGGAGAGCCAGGCCUUUCACAGUGUUUUUCCAUGGAUGAAGAAAAAGGCCCCGCUGACAGGCAGUAGGGACCCCGCUCUCACGGCGCACCCUCUCCUCGGUGUUUUCAUACUUUUACUGCCUUGUUUCUGAGCUUAUUUUGCCUCCAGACGUCGUCUGCUCCGAGAUUGUCCACCUGAAGUCGUCGGUUGUCGCCGGAGAAAGCGGACUGUUUCCCUCCACAGCUGCGGUCCAGCAGGGAGCUUCAGACCUGUGGAUCAGCCGGCUCCUCACAAAACUUCAUGACGGGACAGAAGGACAGCGAAGCAAUGAUUCAUCCUCCUCUUAAAUAACGGGACACACUCCACUUCAUGGGACUGCUGAUCUGAUUUUAAAAAUCAGCUUACAGUUAUGGAACACUUAAAAGGAACACUACAGACUCAGUUUUUUAUCAUUUAGUAUAUUGCCUAUUUAUGACCCAUUUUAUACCAUCCCACAGAAGCACUUGAAGGCUUCGCUUUUAAAUGGAGAGUAAAUUUAUUAGUGAUACAUUGAUGUGAGUGAAUCAAGCAGCGGCUUUUGGUGGAUUGUUGGAAGUUUGGGGUAGAAACCACAGCGGCCUCUACCUCUGAAAAUCAAACUUUAUUAGUUUGAUAAGGGCUCACUGCUGUUUCUAGCAACUAUAGACUUAGUGUUCGGGGUAGUUUUUUCCCCUCGACACUUUGCCACAGCUGUUUUGGGAGAUGUUCCAGUUCAGCAAGUACCCCAUGGACAUUUUAGAGAUGCUAAGUGGACACCAAGCCCACCAAUUCAAAGGCCUUGGAUUAGAACGACAACUGAGCCACCAACAGCAAGUCCAGCUGCAGCAUCAGCAGCAGCUCCAGCAGCAGCACCAGCCCUCUGCUGAGAGCUCUGGAAGCCUCCUAUCUGGCCUCGGCCUGGGAUCCCUCCAGAGCUCUCGGAGCAACGCCUUUGCUGACUCCUCAUCAUUAUUCGCCAAAAUGAGUGCGCCUCCCCCAUCCAUCUCCCACCAGAGCCAGUCGUCCUCUUCGUCCCACAGCUCCAGGAAGUCCAGUAAGAUGAGCAGCAGUAGCAGCAGCGGGAGUGGGAGUUCCUCGUCAGGAUACCCCCAGUUUCUGCGACCUUUUCACCCGGCCGAGGCUGCGCUGGCACAGGAGCAGCUCCACUCUGGGAUGGGACGUUUUGACUUUGGCGGGAGCAGCAGUGGGGGAAGCGCUGGGGUAAUCGGGGGUGUUGUCGCACCAGCACCCCCGCCUCCCCCGUUACAUCCAGGUCUCUCUGUCCCCCAGCCCUCCCCUGGUCCCUCCUCCUCCUCACCUUCACCCUCCACCUCUGCUUCAGCCUCCAACAACCCCUCAGGCAGCACUGCAGUCCCCCUAGUCGGUCAGUCCGAUCCCCGCAGCCUCCACCAGCAGUUCAGCUGCAUGCUCGCAGCCAACCAGUACUUCCUGUCUGGCGUCCCCACCAACAGCAGCCUGGAGCAGUUCCUUGUUCAGCAAGGGACUCACAACCACUUGGGCUUGGGCCUCGGCCAAGGGACCACCGAGUCAAACUCAGCCUUAGCCCCACCUCCUGCCCUCCACUCCUCCCACAGCCACAGCCACACAGCUCCACAGCCUCAACAGCAACAACAGCAGCUGACCCCUCAUGCCUUAUCUCAUCCACACAGCCACACUCACCACCCGCACCCUCUCCACCCGGCCCCCCAACCUGCCCCACUGGGCGGCUUUGAUUUCCAAGGCAUUCCAGUCCUUUCCUCCAACCAGAUAGCAUCACUAAUGCAACAAGAGGCCGGUCUCCCCCUCCCCCUGCCCCUACACCUGUCACUCUCUAAAGACGAUGGAACAAAGUCGGGAGACAGCUCGUCCACAUCAGCUUCAAGUGGAGGAAGCAGGAGAAAGAAAGCAAUGGCAGGCUACCUGCCCCAGAGGAAAACUGACGGUAGCAGCCACAGCAGCCACAGCAGUCACAGCCAUAGCAGCAGCAGUGUUAGUAACUGCCACAAUAGCAGCUCAAGUGGGCACAGUCAGAGCUCCUCGACGGGCCUCGUGGGAGGAGGAUCUGGGGGUGUUGGUCUAAGUAGCAUCGGAAGUGAGCCACAGCAUUCCUCUCUACUUUCAUCAUCCUCACAGCAACAGCAGUCAUCCUCCACUGUCUCCUCCUCUUCGUCUGCCCCCGCUUCCUCAAACUCCACGUCUGUGCUUGUAGCCAACGGUAACCAACAACUGUCAAAAUCCCAAGACAGUCACAGCAAUAGCUCAUCUGGCCAGCCCGAACCUGAACCCCUUUACCACUGUGGUGAAUGUGGUAAAACCUUCACCCACCUGUCCAGCCUUCGAAGGCAUCUCCGCAGCCACGGUUUGACGCCAGAAAGCCAAAGCAGGAAGUCGGACUGUAACUCUCCCAGCCCAGAGAGAAUAUUCUGCUGUGGCGAGUGUGGGAAGAGAUUUAAAAAGAGGGGUCACCUCAUCCAACACAGUGUCACCCACUCAGAAAACCGGCCUUUUGUCUGCAGCAUCUGCCAAAAGUCCUUCAAUCGUCGAGAGUCACUUACGAGACAUGAGAAAAUCCACGAUGAGAAGCCUUUCCGCUGUCCGGCUUGUGGGCGUUGUUUCCGUGAGAGCACCUCUCUACUCAACCAUGCUGCCUCAGGAGCUUGUGGCAAACCUCCUCGCAGUUCAAAAAACCGGGCCAGCAGUGGAGGGAGCGCAUCAUCCAACCCAAGCAGCAGUAAACUGGGGAGCAGUGGGAACAGGGUAGCAAUUUCAAACGAUGGGGCAGGGAUGGCUAAUGACAAGUAUGCAACAGAUUAUUCCAGAAAUCGCUACCAGAACCAGUCGUCCUACAACAGUGGAGUUGACGACUACAGACGGUCACAGACUUCUUCCCUGUACCCCUCAGAGAGUACGUUAGCCAGUGAAAUGACCAACCAAACUCUCCGUAAGGCCCCUUUAGCCCCAACUCUUCAUCCCCACCCACAGAAUCAGCAACAGCACCACCACCAUCCACCACCGCAACCACAGCAGCCUCACCUGCCCCUCUCCUCCCUAUUGGAUGAUUCAGAGGAUGAGGUCACCAGCAGUGCAAUGUCAGCCAUCGCCGCUGCAGCUGCAGCCUCAUGUGACAUAAACACAGAGAGUCGGGAGGGAGAGAGGAGGGAUAUCAUCGGAGGCCUGCUGGGGGGGUUGGGGUUUGGUAACAUGAGUGGACCAUCAUCCACGUCCAGCCUCAACGGUUCCACCAUACCUCUAACCCACCCCAGCCAGCCCCACACAAAGCCCAGGAGGCCCAGAAAGCCCAGAGAGAAAAGGGACCCAAACACCAUCGUUCGGAGGCGGAGGAGCCCUGCGCCUCCAGGGGACGGCUCAGAGAGGCCGUAUGGGUGUCAGAUAUGUGGCAAACGUUUCAGACGAGCGGAGACUCUGCGGAGACACAAUCGUGUUCACACGGGGGAGAAGCCUCACGCCUGCGAUGUCUGUGGCAAAAUGUUCCGUGAGCCUUUCCACCUCACCAAGCAUCUGACUGUGCACUCUGGGCAAAAGAACUACAAAUGCAACCUGUGUGGGAAGAUGUUUGCCUACGCCCAGAGUCUAGUGAGGCAUGGGAAACUGCAUAGAAAGGGGGAGAUCGACAACCAGGGGAGGAGGAUAAAAGGUGCUGCAGCUGCCAUUAGUCAGGUCGCCAACUCGGGAAACUCUGACUACUUCACAUCCUGCUCCCAAGGGGAAAAGUCUCCAACAUCUGGCACCCCCUCUCAGAGGCUUUACACCUGCACAGUGUGCUGGAAAUCAUUCCGCCACUAUUUCCACCUGACGGCACAUCAACAGACUGUCCAUGGUGGCGGGGUGGGACUGGAGAAAUCCUUUCGUUGUGAAGUAUGUGGCAAAGCCUUCGCCUACUCAAACAGUUUAGUGCGGCACAAGCUAUCUCAGCAUGGCAUUGACCGCAGCGGCCAGCGCGUCAACCAAUCCCAACCCUCUGGAUACUCGCCGCUCUUCUACGAUUCUGGUUCAGGUUCCAACUACGCCGGGUCGUCCCACAUGCAGCAGGGAGCUUCGGGACAACAACAACAACAGCAGCAGCAACAACAGCAGCAGCAGCAGCAGCAGCAGCAGCAACAACAACAACAGCCACCACCACCACCACCACCACCACCACCACAACAACAGCAGCCACAACAACAACAGCUGCAGCACCCUUUUCACUACCGCGCAAAAAACUUCCAAAAGCGGCAUGGACAGACAAGAAAACACAGAAAGAAAAAAAGGCGCGUGGUGAUCCACAGCAUCAUGAGAGACGGAAAGCUGGUGGGCGUCCCCCUGAGUAAAGACACUCGCAGGAAGCUGUUGCUACUAAGGAAAAGGAGGGGCAAACUGCAGGCACAGCUCAACAAAAAGAAGCUGCUGGCCCAGCUGAGGAUAAAGGGCAGUGUGAUGAAAGUGAAGUCGUGGUGCGGGGGUGCUGUCAGAGUCACGGGGCUUACCUCAAUGGAUGUCCCUCUCAAGCGCUUCCCCUGCCCCAUCUGUCCCAGCACCAUGUACGCCAAGCAUGGUUCCCUGCUGGUCCACCACGCCAUCAGACACCCACCGAGAAACUCAGGCCGCCACGCCCGUCUGCGGUGCCAGGUGUGUGGACGACGCACCAGCUCAUUACACAAAGCCUUGAAACACAGGGGCCAGCAUCUGAAACAAGCUGCAUUCCAAUGCCACAAAUGCCGACACCGUUUCUGGAACCCCGGGCUCCUGGCACGGCACAAGUUCUCCUGCCGGGGUGUGACGACCAGCAGCGGGGCCUGGGCAUUGAUGAAGAUGAGAUCUCCAUCGCCUCAUGACCAGUCGGACAGUAGUGACCAUUCACCAGUCCCGCUGACGGUCCCGGCUCUGGUCCAGCCUGAGAGAUCAACAGUUCUGGCUGAGUACAGUCAGUGAACACAAACAGUUUUCUAGACUAGAUUGUUUUUUGAUGUUUAUUUUUUUUAAAUAAUCCGAGAAGCGAGCAAGAGCUAGCACGUUUUUAACAAAAAAGAGGUGGGAGAAUGGGGAGGGUUUAGUGUAACUAUCAGAAUCUCCCCGGAUAAACCUGUAUACAAUCCUCACUGACGACAGCAGAGGUGGACGAUUAAUUAACGUGGACUUCAAAAGGCCCAAAAUCAAAUCCACCAUCGUUGUCGGUCUCCUCUUGCCCAAAGGUGAAGGAACUCUAGACCACAUGACUUUAGUAGCAUCUGUUUGGAAAAAUUAAUUUGAGGUUUUUCUAUCAUCUUGUAUUUUUUUUAUAUAUAUAUACAUAUAUAUAAUAUUUAAAUUUCCCCUUUAGCAGUGUUUGCGCAUAACUUUGAAUUGGAUGCUAUUGUAGAGGUGAGAAACCUCAAGUACCAGUUUAUUUUUUCAGAAUGUUUUCACAUUACUCACAGUUAAAACGUAUAGUCCUUGUCUGUUGCUCUGUGUGUUCAUUUGUUACCCCAGUGGAGAAGCUCACUUUUUUUUUUUAUAAUGAGAUGACAUUUGCCCUCAAGAUAAAUUUAUCUUUUAAGGAAAAAAGAAAAAGAAAAAUGCUGACCUGAUACUCUAAGAAGCUCAUGAAAAUGAGCGUUGGGGCAGUAAAAGGUUGUAUUUGUCACUGAAGGCCAUACUGUGCUAAAGUGACUGCAUAGGAAGAAAAGGUGUUAAGAGGAACAGAAAAGUGUUGGUGACCUUGUUUUUAAUGUACACUACUUUUGUGACUUUUUUUUUUUGUUUUUUAAGAGGCGUGAAUGGAGCAAAAACACGACUCAAGCUGUUAAUGUGUUCAGGAUUUGAAAAGGACAAGAGAAAUAACAGGAGUGUACUGUACAAUUCGUAUUAUAUUUUAUUAUAUAUUGAUUAUUUGCUGUUUUUUACUCCAAGUAUCAUUUCUUUUAUCAUUGUUGGUAUUGUAUUGGCGGGAGGGAACGAGUCGGGGACUUUGUAAAACAGCGGGAUGAGUAUAUGUAUCGAUGUGAUAUCCUCCCCUUCCUCCUCCCCGAGCCCCUUUUAUCUGCUCCCUCAUUGCCACACUUAUGGCCCAUUUUUGUAAGAAAAGCGUGUACACAUAGUUCAUUACUUAGGUCCUGUCCAGACGUGUUUUUUCUUUUUUUUUUCUGUAAAACUAAAACAUGUAAUAUUAUUACUAAAUUACUAUCCUUUUCUUUGCCUAAAAAGUGAGUUGUUGAAAACCCUCGAAUCAAAUAAAAAAAAAAAAAAAGAAACCCUGAAA